CACAUAUCUACGUUGUUGUAAUUACCGUUACUUUAGUGAAACAGACUUUAUGUAUUUUAAGAUGCAGUAAUUUACGGUAUAAGAUAUAUUUGAUAUCAACAAAUAUACCUGAAUACUACGUAGUUUUUGUGUGAUAUUAGUCCAGUUAUGCUUGUUUUGAUUUAUAUGUUAUAUUUUGUAGUUGUGACUCGAAUAAACGCUGACCAUCAUAUACGUUAUGCGGAACGGCACAGUAAUGAUUUUCCGGAACAUGGGUUGGACGAAGGAUGGUUAACCAUCAAUGUCUCCUCAAACUUUAUUAUCAAGUUAUACGCACUUAAUGAUCAAUGCUGGAAGUGUCCAUUUGUUCACGUGACAACAAUACAAGGUAUGGCUUCCCAAAUGACUUUACCAGUUAAUACUACUUUCGGAACUACUAUUGCCUUAAAACGAAAACACCCUGGUACCAACACGGAGGAGGAGUUUUGCAGGUUUCAUCAGAAAUUUAGGGAAGGAGGCAAUUACUGGGUUUUUGUAGAUUAUGAAACAUACAAAUCAGAAGAAUGUGAAGUUCUCCUUAUUAAUCAUCCAUUACCUGCUGAAAUGCCAAUUCUUUACGUAUUCCUGGUUCUAUGUGCCUUGCCACUUGUUAUCGUUUUAGCAAAAAUCGUAUUUGGAAAAAUUAGGAAAAGUUCUUCUUUUCAAGUAACAGAGCCAUCAACAAAAUCAAAGAAGGAUCUAAAGCUAUCGAGUCAUCACACAAAGAGUCAGGAUCAAGAAAAAGGUCAAACAACUGGAGUAGAAAUACAACCGGAAGAAUCUCCGUCCACAAAAGAUCAUAGGAGAACUCGAUUGAAAUCCUUAGACACAUUUAGAGGAUUAAGCUUGGUAGUAAUGAUAUUUGUGAACUAUGGCGGAGGAGGGUACUGGUUCUUUGACCACCCAUCAUGGAAUGGACUAACAGUGGCCGACUUAGUAUUUCCUUGGUUUAUUUUCAUUAUGGGAACAUCAAUGAAUUUUUCAUUUAAAGGAAUGAUCAGAAGAAAUAAUACAAAAUGUCAGAUAUUACUGAAAAUAAUCAAACGAUCUGCGCUUUUGUUUGCCUUUGGUAUUAUUCUCAACACAAACUGGGGCCCUGUUGACUUAGAACAUAUCCGGAUACCCGGUGUAUUACAAAGAUUUAGUCUUACGUACCUUGUUUUAGCUAUCAUUGAGCUAAUAUUUAUAAGAAAUUACAAUAUUCCAAAGGAAAGAGGCUGUGCUCCACUUAAUGAUAUCAUAUCUUUGGCACCUCAAUGGAUUAUUUCUCUUGGUAUUCUUGCGGCUUAUCUUGGACUCACAUUCAAGCUAGAAUUUCCAGGAUGUCCAACUGGUUAUAUUGGACCUGGUGGAUUACAUGAAGGCGGUAAAUACUACAACUGUACAGCAGGGGCAGCACAAUAUAUAGAUGUGUUUGUGCUUGGUAAAAAUCAUAUUUAUGGCAAUCCAACUCCUAAGAAGAUAUACCAAACAACCGCACCACAUGAUCCUGAAGGAAUUCUGGGAACUUUGACAUCAAUAUUUCUUUGUUUUUUGGGUUUACAGUCUGGCAGAAUAUUGAUUUGUUUUCAAUCGCAUAAAGAAAGAAUCAUUAGAUGGGUUAUCUGGGGUAUAUUAACAGGAGUUGUCGGUGGCGUGUUAUGCAAAGGGUCGCAAAAUGAUGGAUGGAUUCCUCUAAAUAAAAAUCUUUGGUCAAUAUCCUUUAUCUUAGUCACAGCAUCCUUUGCCUUUCUGUUAUUAUCAGCAAUGUACGUUGCAAUAGACAUCUUAAAAAUAUGGGAAGGAGAUCCAUUUAUCUAUCCCGGAAUGAAUUCAAUAGUGGUUUACUGUUGCCAUGACAUUUUCUACAGAUUUUUCCCGGUCAGCUGGAAGAUCCAUGAUGAUCACUUAAGUCUUCUAUUGAAGGCAGUUUGGGAUACGGCAAUUUACGUUGUGCUUGCGUAUGUAAUGUUCAAGAAGAAAAUAUUUGUUGCACUCUAAACAGCUACAUGAUAUGUUGGACAACAACCAAUUUUAAAAAGACAGUACAUUCUAUUGAUGAUAUUUGCAGAACUUUGAUCAUGUAUAGUUGGUGUCUUUCUUUUAUUAAUAUUUACAUAAAUAAAAUUAUUUACUUUU